ACAGUAUGCACGGUUUAGUGGAAACAACAGUCCGUACGAUACGUUCGGCCAUCUUGUUGGUGCUCACGAUACUAACGGUGAAGCAUUGCUGCGGUCCAGUCACAGUGAUGUACGAACGAAUGGAACAGAUUGAUGGUUUUGAUCUUUUCGAUUCCAAAAAUAUUCGUAUCCGAAAGUACAACCGAUCAAUGACCGUGAUGGACGGAACAUUUGAUUUACUUCAAGAUGUGGAUGACAACUAUUCCUUUACAGUCCAGCUAGCGUACAGUAAACUGGGCAACAAUCAGUUCAUAAAUUCACCGUUCCGGUUGCCGUUGCAAAAGAUGUGCGAGUUCCUAAACACUACCUAUCGGGAUUAUCGAGAGUUUUACAGAAACACGACGAACUUCCCCGACGUUGGUGCAUGUCCGGCAGAAGCAAAGCAGUACUAUAUCAAAAAUCUGGUUCUCGAUGCAAACAUAUUCAACGAUUAUUUCCAAGCAGGUUUGUGGAGGAUGACAAUGAUUGUCUACAAAAACAGCAAUUUAGAAUUAUCUGCCUGUACAAUAGAGGUACUUUUCCGUGUGUCACGCGAAGGGUUGUUUAAAUGAAAAGUUUGCUUCAAUUUCAGCAGUUUAGUUGCACAUAACAUGUGAAUCAUCGUGUGGCUAGUCUUCAUGUCUUCUGAUAAAAAUAAAUAAAUUGAUUACCAAUAGUCAGCUGAUAUCAGCAA